CGGGACGCUGCUGGUGGUUGUUUAGCAACGAGGGAGAGCGACAGGGAGAGAGUAACAGGGAGAGAGAGUAACAGGGAGAGAGUAACAGGGAGAGAGAGUAACAAGGAGAGAGCGACAGGGAGAGAGCGACAGGGAGAGAGCGACAGGAGAGCGACAGAGGAGAGUAACAGGGAGAGAGCGACAGAGGGGAGAGUAACGGGAGAGCGACAGGGAGAGUGCAACGAGGGAGAGAGCGACAGAGGGGAGAGCGACAGAGGGGACAAGUUUGGAGGAGGAGGAGAAAGAGGAGCAGAGAAUGUGACAGCAGACGGAGUGGGAAUCGAUGAGAAGGAGGCGAGAGACGGGACGACAUCGUCAGUGUGGGGGCUGAGGGCUGGGGGAGAGGAGGGAGAGGAGGGACAGAAGAAUCCGAAGCAGCAACAGACGACGACGACGAGGAGAUAGAGGAGUGGAGGAUAAACGCGGCAGAUCAUCGUCGUCAUCUUCAUCAUCAUCUUCAUCAUCGUCAGCGUCACCGAGAUGUCUGAACAGAAGGAGAACGCAGAGACCAUGGUGGCGGACAUCCACAAGAGAGUUACUGAAGCUUUUGACGUGUUUGACCACGAGGGUAACAAGACGGUCGAUGUGAGGGAAAUUGGCACCAUCAUCAGAUCUUUGGGAUGCUGUCCUACAGAAGGUGAAAUCCAUGAUGUUCUGGCAGAGAUCGAGGAGGAGGAACCUACAGGCUACAUUAGGUUGGAGAAAUUCCUUCCGAUGAUCACCAAGGUGUUGAUGGAGAGAAGGUACCGAUCAAUACCGGAGGAUGCUAUUCUGCGUGCUUUCCAGGUGCUGGACAGUGAGGGCAAGGGGUACCUGGAUCCUGAGGAGCUCACCCGCUACAUGACGGAGGAAGGAGAGCCGUUCACUCAGGAGGAGAUGGAGGAGAUGCUCUCUGCUGCAGUGGACCCAGACAAGAACCUUGUGUUUUACAAGGACCAUGUCUCCAUGAUGGCAGUGGAAGAAAAUUAAAUGUCCGCAUUUAGUGCUGCUCCUGAUGAGAUUUCACCUUUGCCGUUUUGUUCUUGUGUACGAAUGUACGCUGACAUUCUUUCGUGCCAUAUGUAACCAAUUGUGCUAAUCAGAGGUGCGGGAAAAAGACAACAAACUAAACACCAAAAGCAGUAAUAAAGAAAUAGUUGUCAAUCUCGAUUUUUUAAGUAUGUAUUAAACAAAGUGUGAUGGAUAAUUUGAUGCGUUUGACUGCUUUGCUAUCUGAAAACUUAAUUCUAAAACAACGAUAAGGUACUGAAGCCCACAAGGGUUAUUGUAGUUUAUUCUUAGGCACGGCAAUGAAAAGUUGAAUAACAAAUAAAUAAAAAGUUAUCUGUAAUUAAUUCAAACGUUCGUACAAUGCUGUUUUCUGCAAUGCUUAUUAUUAAUCAUCGGUGUGGAAUUCGGGGAGCUCAUUUGACAAGUGGAAUUUUGCACGUCCAGAUUUAAUCGCUCAAGAACACAGAAGGAAGAAGUUGCUGCAGGUUCCUUCAUUGAUCGUGGGACACAUUUCCUGCACCUCCAAUGAGCACGGUUGGCUACGUGCGAUGCGAAAAAAAUUCAACAUACGUACAGAUAUUUUACAGAUCGGGCCACGUAUGCAGGCUUUGUGUGACUGCCGCCGGUGUGAUGACCGUGGUAAUGCUGCCUACUUCGCAUUGGAAGUUUAAGAACCACUGACGUCAUUUAUUCGCAAGAGUAGGCCAUUGUGUGCCAAAUUUGAUAAGAAUUACACUGCAAAUCACUAGUUAGGAAUUAUAGAUAGAAACCAUAGAUCCCCCUAGUGGCAGACCGAUACCCCAGGUCACUUACAAAUAACUCCCCGUGUUUCUUGAGUUCUUACCCUGUUAAACAAAAUACAUUUCAAACGUGAGCCUAAUGUAACAUGUAGCAAUGCUUUCUCACUCUACAUUUCAAUAUACAAACUAUAUAAUUAUUAAAAAGUAUAUGUUUUCCAAUUUAACUGCGAUUGACUUUUACAUACACAAGUAAAUAUUUUUACCGUAAGUUACAAAAUUAAACGCGGAGACAAAAGCAACGUUUGUGCCAUCCCUUUACAGUAUGUUUCCAUAUCUAUCAUUUAAGCAUCUCGAUUUGCAAUUGUCUACUUUGUGUUUGCACGCCGUGUAGGAACGUUCUUGUGGGUCCCAUGCAAGGCUCCGACACAAGGGGAGCGUUUAGCGCGUUCACUUUAUUGCUCUCAGCGGAUUUAAAAAAACUGCUGAGCGACGAAAGAUAGGGGGUCAAAACCAUGAGAUUACAAUGGGGCGCUUGUGCCACAUGUCAUCCACACACGAGCAGCGAGGGCAAGCAGAGGAAUUCUUCUGCUAAGUCACGGCCUAAAUUAAUGGGACCUCGAACAAUCAUCAACUGUGUGCCGGUUUAAAAAAAAAUGCUACUAAAUAUUUUGAUAAUGUAGCUUUACGUUAAAAUAAGCUGAGCGGUAGAUAAACCUUUGUGUGAGCGGCGAAUGCGCUUGCUGUAAUAAUCAGAUAUCGAUCAAAGCGACGAGUUAAAGCGAUUGAAAAAAUUCAAAAUACCUAUGUAUCCAUUACAUGAUUAGGGGUGGAACUAGAGUCACCUCCCUCGGCAUCCAGGUGAUUAAUGUGAACUGUCGGGAUUCAGCUCCACGAUUAGUUUCAAUUACCAAUUGUUUCUCGUCUUGUUUUCCAAGCUACGUGUUGCAACCCUGAAACAGAACUCUUCACGAAUCGACGCAUGGACUUCACCACGAGCCAUUUACCACUCGUCAUUUCUACUCGUCAGCGUUUUUCGAGGCUUCUUAACAUAAGUGUGUAUGGGUUUUAAAAAAUAACUUUUGUCGGUAUUUUGAUGUUCCAAAAGCUGGCAUUUUCAGGCAUAGCGUAGUCAACGUGCAGUGAUUACUGGCGGUGGAUGUCUGAAGCCCAGCGUAUUGCAGGGGUUUGGGGGAUCACAGUGUGAUCUUGUACGCAGCUUUUCCCCCUAGAGAGUGGCUGUUUUUUGACCGUAGAGCAAAGAUGCUGAGAUACCUGAAUGGAUUAUAAAGCGUUAUCUCCCUUGUAUUCAUGGGUGGCUUUGGAAACUCCGGGUUUCACCCACGUGGAACAGUCAAUAGGGAAAAUCCCAAUGCUGCACUCACACAAGUGCCGAUACCCUGUAAGGUUGCCAUUUGUACAUAACUAUAAAUAACUAUUACAUGUAGCCGAUGGUAGUGCUAUCCUUCUCACCCUUAACAUUAAUGAAACAUUGCUUCAUGUUAUAAUUUCGCUCUCAAUUUAUAAUAUUUUCCAUGUUGUAGAUCACAUUCAAAUUAAACACAAUCCUGGGUAAUUACAGGUAUCACCAUACUCAUAUUGCGUGUAGGUUUUAAGAGGUCACCCUGUUAUCCGUGGUAGGAGUGAUGGAAAGUGGAAUAAGUCAUCCCAACACAUGUUCAUCAUUUUUAUCACUUUUAUUCAUAAUGCAUAACUGGUAAACUACAAUAAUAAUAAUGUGUUAUUAAUACUAGAUUUGAAGCUUUCGUGACUGCAAGGAUUCAUAUUCUUAGGUUUUUUCGGUAAAGUCACGUAGGUAAAACAUUAAAAUUAAUAAAAUAAAAAUAAAAUAAAAAUCACGACGUUUGGAGGCAACACAAGCUUCCGUCUUCAGGUGGAACCGUCACAGCCACGACAGCUGUAUCAAAUGUGUUAUUAAUACUUUUUUGUCAAAUCAAACAUUGCAUCCCAAUUAUUGCAAUGACACCACCUACAACCCAACCGCUCACCCUCUGCAAACCUCUCGAGACGAAGACCCUCUCAGUGCGUACCAGUUUCAACUGACCCAAAUCGACUCCGGCUACGAUCCGUGGCUGCUGCUGCACCCGCCAGCGCCCAGCUUCGGGGUCUCCGGCCCAAAGACCUGGAAGGACGCUGCCGGCUCACGUUCGGAAUCCAUCCUUGAGUCUCAGCCAGUUUCGCGACGGACUCUAAACGUUGUUGUUGUUGCUUCAGAGAGUCCACUUCAACGUGUGCUCAAUGCGCAUUCGUGAUGGACUGGACUCAUAAGAGUGCACAAUAUGAAAUGUUCUUCCAUAAUACGUUACUAGUUGGCUGUGUCGGGUGGUGGCGGAUUUAACAGCACAUUUAGAUAUUUACACGAUCUAACCCAACAAAACUGUAUUAUGGAUGAUAUUGGUCGCGAAAGCCUACGUGUUAAACUCAAAUGUUCUUACUCCCAAUACCAAUCUUA